AUGAGUCCCACGAUCCCUGAUUUCAGCAUCCCAACUGAGCGGCUACACAUAUCCUACCUUGAACCCGGAAAUCCCUCACACACCACUUUUCUUCACCACCUCUGGAAUACCGAUGAAUUCAUCGAAGCAGAAGGCAACAUAGGCCUUGAUACACAAGAGAAAAUCGACGAGUUCAUCACUAACAAAGUCCAAACCCACUACAAGAAAAAUGGAUACGGACAAAUGCUUGUCUCUUUGAAACCGUAUCCUGGGGCUUCAUUAGCCGAAAGCAGUCCGAUUGGAAUUGUCUCCUUGAUGAAGGGUGAAGGAGAGAACGCAUACACAGCACCUGAUGUAGGGUACACCAUUCUACCGCAAGAGAAUAGGAAGGGAUAUGCCACUGAAGCGGCGAUGGGGCUGAUUGCCUAUGCAAAGAGAGAAUUUGGUGUGGAUGGGGUGUUUGGGUUCUGUGCUCAAAAGGAUCAACGCAGUCGAAGGGUUUUGGAGAAGAUUGGUAUGGAGUUCCGGGGGAAAGACAUUUGA